AUGGACGGGGCACACGAGGUCAUUCAGGCCCCGGACCACAAACCCCUCAUCACGAUGACCAAGCUCUCAGAGUUGGAUAGAAACUUUCUGAUGAAUCAUAUCGUAGCUGCCAACAUCGCUAGCAAGGAUGAUAUUUUGAGAUCUCUAGACGCCAACGCCUAUGACCACACGGCAGCCACUUACUACCUACUGGCCGAGAAGCUUCUCAGGAAGCGGGCAGCCAGACAAAAAGAGAACAUGAUGAUGAGGAAGAGGAUGAUGAUGACGACGGACAACGCUAGUAGUAAUUCGAAUGGUCACGUGGUGGCCGGUGGCGGUGACGUCAUUACGACGAUGGCGUCGACGACGACUACUACUACGCCAACGUCAACAUCUGAAUUGUCGUUAAUGUUUCAGCAGCAGCAGCAGCAGCUUCAACAGCAACGAUGUCGGAUUGAUCAAAAGCAUAAUCCCGAACUAAAGCAAUCUAUGCAACAACAUCAGCAACAACAACAACAACAUCAGCAGCAACAACAACAACAACAGCCGCAACAACAGUCGCAACAACUACUACACGACAACAGCAGUCUAGAAAGAAUGACCUUGUCCAAUUAUAAAAAAAUGUCAAACCUAGGAGAGUUGACGGAAGAUGAAGAGGAAGAAGAAGAAGAGAUGGAGGUUGGCUUGAUUGCGACAACAACAUUUAGGAAAACCUCAUCAUCUAGCUUGUUUGGCGCACGCAACAACAGCCAAUCAUUGAAGCAGAUUUGCGAAGAAGAAUCCCUAGAAGAUUACGACGACAUCCACUUUGAUUGCCUCAACCCCAACGACCAGUUCAUUGACCUUUUGACCUUGUCUGACUUCCAGAAUAAAAACUCUUUCGUCUUGAACCCUUUGUCAAAUGGCAAUAAUUCAAGUGCUGUCGGUGGUAGAGUUGGUAAAACGAGUAGAAGUAAUAGCAGCGGUGCCAGUAUUUUUGGUAGUAGCGGUCGGCUGAUGUCGUCCAAUUCUCUGAUGUUUAGAAGUGGCUCCGACACUAGCGACUGCGACGAGCAGGAUCAUCAUCAUCAUCAUAAUCACUUCGAUCAUCAUCAUCAACAUCAUACUCUUCCCCUCCGUCACCAUCAUCACCAUCAUCAUCAUAAUCAGAAAGAGAGGGAGCAGCAACACCAUCGAUCUAUCUCACUCGUUUCUCGAAACAACAACGACAACGAUGUUGAUUACAACGCUAGUAACCAUCACCAGAUGCGUCUAACAGACGAACGUCCAAACGGGUCCGAAAAUGUAAAUUUAUAUAGCGCUAGAUCGUCGUCCCUUACAUGCAGGAAGCAGAACAACUACGCUAACGGCAGCUGCGUUAAAAGUGAACCGACAUCGACCGAUCCAUGCAAGACCAUCCUUCGUGCCGCUUCUACUAAGUCUACUGUAGUGAAAAAUUUAAAUUCAUCCAAUCCUUCGCCAUCUCGAGAUAGUCUACUCUCAGAUAAUCACCACCACUGCCAACAACAACCGCAACAGCUUAUCAUCAGCAACCACAACAACAACAACAACUUCAAUUGUAGCAGCAAUGGCAGCUGCAGUAACAUCAGUUUCAUUCAGAAAUCCUUGAAGCGCACGUCAGCGUCUGUUCUGGGUAAUGUGAAGAAGAGUGUCAGCCUAAUUUUAGGCCGACCGUCUUCGUCGUCUGUCUGUGAUUCCAACUCGAUACAACGACGAACUCAGGCGGUAGAUUGUAAGGUUCCAAAAAGUUCCUGCUGGGGCUCCUGUUCAAAUAUUCUACCCGUCACUUCCAACAAAACCUUCUCCUACGACAACAAAGUCAUCUAUUGCGACGAGCAGUGUGAAUGCAGCAACAGCAACGACAGCGGCGACAAAAUGCAGCCCAUUAAGCACUGCCACCACGACCACAAAACGAUUUUAUCAGCAGCAGCAGCAAUAGCAACAGUAGCGUCAAAUACAUCGAAUAAGAUGGCACCGCCAAUGAAGAUCUAUGCAAACACAACUGCCAUCUCCAUAAUAGCAGCAUCCAGUAACAGCAGCAGCGUCAGACACGAUCGCUCCCAAUCGCUGAAUCUCGAGAAACAGUCCAAACUCUACCCUGAAAUAAUCAACCCUUUUGAAUUUCUAAGAUCAACUGUUAAAAGUGGUGGCAAGAUUGACAGAGACGGUACUGUUGACAACGAUGGUGAAGAUGGCAGUGGGGGCCACUUGAGUCAAGGAUUUAGCGUGCAUUCGAACCUGGUCAAGGAGGGUGGAGAGGGGGCCAAGUGCUGUGUCAAUGGCUCUAAGUGUUGUAACGUUGUUUGAAUGGCUGACUUGGCUGGCUGGCUGGUCUAACUUUUGAUUUCAUAAUUGUCUCUCCGUUGUUUUUAAUUGGGUAAUUAAGUGAUUAAUUAGUUAAUUGAUUGUUGCUUAGUUGAUUAAUUAAUCAAUUAAUUAAUUAUUAACUUAAUUAUAUGGUUUUGAUUAUAUGAACAUUGGUUAAUGUUAAUUUAUUGGAGAUGAUUGUACUGUUUGUAGGCGUUGCU